AUGGCCUCCCUCAAGGCCUACACCUACGGCCUCGUGCUGCUACUCGCCAUCUACUGGGCUCACCAGGGAUGGAAGACGCUCGUCGCAAAGGGCAGGCACGCCGCCUUCCGUCGUGACCAACGACGGAAAGCUGGAAUCCCUGACUCGGACAAUCGGCCUUUCUCCAUUGCAGCCGCAGAAGCAGCUCAGAGCCGCCGCCGGCAGGAAGUCACCAAGACUCAGCCCAAUGCCCGUGGCCAAGGGCAAAGCAGUGGUAGGCAGAAUGCACAGUCAUUUCGCAAAGCGCCAUCGUCGCCCUUUCGCUCGACCAGCCUACUGCCCACAGAGUCUACAAGCUUUGGCGCUACAAGCUCCCAAUCUGCCAACCAUUCCGGCCUGCACCUGAGGCGCUCCUCUCCUGCCCUCUCACCAUCCACUGCUCAGCGCGCCGCUAUGCUAGCUCCAGGCCAGAGCUCAAGAUACGAUCCCGCUACCUACAUUCCGGCAAGUCGCUUCUCACCCAAAGCUCAAGACACGUCGCUUCGACCGGUUGCCGGAUCUAAGCGACCAGCAGGCAGAGCGCUAAGCGAUGCAGGCAGCGAAGCAAGUACGCUGAGGCCGGAGAGGCGGUCUGCAAAGCAUGUUCGCGAAGAAAUACGCGACUCUAGCACAAGAGACAGUAUUGAAGGAUCGGAAAUGGCUUGGGAGGCUAGCAAUGGCUCUUCUGGCCAUCGCGAUGCGGGCCGCGGAAAGAAGAGGGGUGCUGAGGACGUCCGUGACCGAGGAGAAGAAGACAGCGUCUUUGCCGGGCGCGGGAACGGGAAGAAGGGACGUCAGUACGACGGAGAUGAUUCGAUGGACGAAGACGACGACGAUGAUCGAACAGCUGAAGAAGCAAGCGAGGAUGAGGACGAGAACGUACCAUCUCCUUACGGGCGGUCCGCAGGCAAGCGAAAGCAGGACGAGGUCAGUGUUGGGACUGGCGCUGAGUCACAAGAUGAAGAGGAAGACGAUGUACCUCGGCGUAGAGGUGCCAAGCUGGCUCCGAAGAGUAGCAAGUCUCGAAAGAUCGCUGCCAAAAAGGCUCCAUCAGAGAGGACGCUUCGAGACGAGAUGAUGAUGCUGGACGAGGACGAUGUCGAUGCAGAGGACUCUCUUCGAUCCCAAAAGGCUCGAGUCACAGGCCUGGCCUCGAAAAGGGGCGGCCCCGGCUCUGUCAAGGAGGUACCAGACGAUGAGCGCGAGGUUGGCGAUGAGUGGGUCGACCCAGUGAACGGUCUCCAAUGGAGAAUGGAUGAGGACGAAGUCUUGACGGAGGAAGAAGGGUCCGCAACAGGCCGUAAGAGGAGGGUCAAAGUGAGGCGAAGGGUCAAGAGGAGGCUGACUGUCAAGCGAGAGAUGAGAAAAAAGUGGGACAUGCCCUCAGACUCUACUCAUCCUGACAGGGAAGAGCUGGUACCACACUACGUCCCUGCUUGGCUCUCCGAAGCCGAAUUCGAGGAUGCCAAACGGAGAGGUGAACUCGGCUUUCAAGUGGGCGAGGCUACGCCUGUCAGCCCUAGUCAAGCAUCUGGGGGAUCGAGGGCGUCUCCAGCAAGGUCGCCCAGGAAUGUUGACCUCCUCUUCCAUCAAGCGCCGAACCCUCGUCCUCUCUUCGGAUCCCGCCUAAGCAGUCCUGCGCGUUCAUCCCCUGCCCCGAUGCUACGAGCCUCUGCCUCAAGCUCUUCUCUGAGUGGCAGUCUCUCGAAGAAACCAGGCGGUCGCAUCUCUCUGGCCGGUGCAUCAAGCGCUUCGACCGACUCGCCAUUGCGAAGCCGAGUGCUUGACACGGCCGGCAAAAGGAGAAGGGAGGAAGAGCUACUGAGGAAGCUGAGGGAAAGCAACCAAGUGCAAGCUCCCCCAAGAUCUGCGCCUCCAACCUCGGCUGGCCCGACAUCAGGCUUUGGGCAGCCCGCCGCAGACAAAGCCCAGCCUGCUGUCACCUUCGCGCUACCGACGGGAGUGUCGGACGAUGGAAAAGAGACGCACACCCAGCCUUCGGCUCAAGGCGCGCCAGCAAGCUCGCCCUUCUCUUUUGGACCGCCGGCUCCCAAGGCGAGCGAGAGUAAGUCUUCUCCUGCACCGUUCUCCUUUGGAGCCCCAAAGACUGCAGCGCCGCCGCCUGCCUCCGGAACAUCAGGGACUGGUGCUAAUGGAGCAGCCCCAGUCAGUUUUGGAGCUCCUUCCACUCAAGCACCUGCGCCGCCUGCAUCUAGUGCAGAGGCCAGCAAGUCGUCUCCUGCUCCAUUCAGCUUUGGUGCUCCUCCCACCAACGUACCAUCUUCGCAAUCAGCAUCGACGCCCUUCUCAUUUGGAGCGCCCAAGAAGGAAGACGGUGGCAGCAACACUGUCGCUAAACCAAGCGGUGGCUUCUCAUUCGGGACGCCCUCUAGCGGGGGAGGAGCAAACGCACCAGCAGCAGCGCCUGCCCCAUCUGUGCCUUCCUUCUCCUUCGGCGCCCCUUCGAGCACCGCCUCGGGUGCGUCCAAAUCAUCUACCCCCUUCUCUUUUGGCGCUCCCCCCAGCGGAGCUCCAGCAUCUGCGCCAGACUCUGCGCAAGCACCUAAGCCGGCGUUCACAUUUGGAGGAGGAGGCGCUGGAGGAAGUGGAGCUGCAGGACAAGCGGGAGGAGCGAGCAGUGGUGGUGGUUUCACAUUCAGCUUUGGGAAGAAGUAG